AGAUAUGAGAGAGUAGGAAACGAGUGGGACAAAUAAUUUAUCGUGCUAGCCAUAUCCACCAAGUUAUAUACUGUGGUUAUAAGACGUCUUCCACCGCUGUUCACGGAAAUAGGCGAGUUAUAUACACCAAAUCGUGAAUUUCUGUCAUGUCUCUUCCACUUGUGUGCUUGCAGUGCAGUGGUGUAACAAUAUCCAUCCUUUCUUGGCACUCUAGACCGCCAAAGCAAAGAGAGACUACAGCUUGCUCUUGAUUGCAGUGGUCCAAGUUCGCUAAUGGAAAUUUCUUGGUCUCCAUGGGAUGAAUCAUAUCUCUAUAUAUGAUGACGAGACCAUGUUCAUCUGCACUCCUUCGUCUCUUUGCGUCGUCCGUCACGUCUCGGGCCGAACAAGACGACGACAACAAAGCCACCUCGAGUCACGGCACAACACGAUCCAACAAUGCCCAACGUGGACAUAGUAGUAUCUGUGCUGAUCAGCCAGAUUCGACAUUCUCUCAGUUCUACCUACAAGGACUUUGUCUUUGCCUGUGGUGGGAGUAUCCCCAUUGUUAACCAAGGAACUUCUAGUGAUCAAUCAUCCUCCAGGGCUUCUGACAAAGCCUCUGCAUCAAGAUCAGAAUCAAGAAAUCCACAGGAUGUUCGACUACUACCUUCCCCGCCGAUCACUCUUCGCUGGGAUCCCCAGGACCCCUCUACUCCGGCUUCCCAGUGUAAGUUGACAUUUCCACCCGAUGACGGGCAACAAGAGGCUUUGGCGGAACUUCUGCGUGACAUGCAGCCGGCCACGUUCGGGGUGAAGGGCGAAGAGGUGGCGUCCAAGCUAGACACGUCACGUUUCUCUUCUACCUUCAACCCUUACGAGUUAGGCAUCGUUGACGCCGUGGCCCAAUUACUUCUCCCGAACCUCAAGCAGAAACGUCCAAACUGGAAGCGUGGAGUUCGAGCCGAACUCUACAAGCUCAACGUCUAUUCAGGUCCAUCUGGCCACUUUCGUGCACAUAUGGACACACCGCACUCGAUCGACCAAUUCGGCUCACUUGUCGUUUGCUUGCCUAUAGCACACACAGGUGGACAACUGAAAGUCCAAUCUGAAGGGCGAGAAGAUGUGGUCUUCGACUGGAGUGCCACUGAGGAGGACAUGGGAGAGCCGCCGGCUAUCGAGUGGGCCGCGUUCUACAGUGACUGCACGCAUGAAGUUCUUGAGGUAACCUCCGGUCAUCGCGUCACGCUCACUUACAACCUCUACGCGACCUACGGAGGUGGCGCGGUUACAAGCCUUGAUAGCCCUAUCGACAUGGCGCAUUUACCUCUCUACAUGAGAUUGAGCUCCCUUGCAGAGCGUUUAGAGAGCUCGAAAGAAGGUCGGUUCAUCGGCUUCCACACAGCUUAUAGAUAUCCCCACACGACCACUAUGGCAUGUCUUCCUUAUACUCUAAAGGGAAUAGAUGAUGGCUAUGUGGGAGAUACUUAGCACACUCCGUUGCAACGUCGUACUCCUUCCGAUCGCCGAAAUUCUGCAUGAGGACGAAUACAGCUGCGAACGCUAUAGCUGGGAAAGAUAUAUCGGCAAAAGGCUCACAUUCUACCUGCAUGCAGGGGCC